AUGUCGAGGGCCCAUCUACUCAGAGCAAGUGAUCCGCGGGGCAAGGUUUUUGGAGUCCAUGGGCUCGCCGCCAAAGGGGAAGGCAGUCGUUUCACGCAACCCAACUACUCCAAGAACACCAAUGAGGUGUAUUUGGAUGCUGCACUGCGAGUGAUUGAGGAGGGUGGUCUUUUUGAGCUGUUGUCGCAUGCAGGGACAGGGUGCAUCGAUGUCGAUGCAGUACAAUGUCUUCGAUCGUGGGUACCGGACUGGAGCCUUGCUCGUCAUGCUGAACCCCUUGGGUGCAUCUCUGGUCAACCCCCCUACCGCGCGGGUGAGGCUCCCAACGUGCUGGAUCUCCCCUCGUUUGCUAACGUCCUUUGGUUCUUCGAGGAGCGGAACUGGGCCUCGUCGCUGAGCUUGCGCCACCUCACGCCCCUUGGCUCGAUGCUAAGCUCGCCAGGAUUGCUGAUUGGCGAUCGCACUAAGACGGAAUGGCCUGCCCCAGAUUCAGUUCGCGGCCUUUACGACCGGUGGCUGCUAACCAUGAGGCUGUACGAGAAGAGUAUCGACUGGUGGAAGCCAAUCGAGGGAACCAGCCAGCUGAGGACAACUAUAUUGAAGGCAUGA